AUGAUGCUGCUGCAUGACCUGCCCCACUACUAUAGAGAAAUAGAAUGAAUUGAAAUCCUAUCAAUAACCUUUGAGUCCAAUGAGGUACUAACUCCACUUCAAAUUCCUUCUCGUCCAACUCUCUUACAAGACAGGUAAGAAGGCUUUCCCACUGAGCAAUACUAUGAUGUCAUCCAACUGAAAAAAAGUGUUGUGCAUAUGAAUGAUGAACUGCUUCAUAAACCACCAGACAGUUUGGCUAAGUCACUGUGCCUGCCAUUUCCCACCUCUCAUCCUUACCAGACCCACAUCUCUAUGUACACCAAGUUCCCAAACUUCAGAUUACCUGAGGAUUGAGACACUGGGAUCGAUGCAAGCAGUGAUCAGCCUUUCCACCCCAAUAUCUCUCCCAAGGCUUUUGAUGUGGUUGUUCCGAGGAAGACCAGAGUUACGACAGCACUCUGUAAUCCAUACAGGCACAAAGACUUCCAGAAGAAGGCUCGAACACAUGCAUACUUCCAGCUUCCUAAGUUUGCUGAAGAAAAGGGUCAAUUAUACUAUCCAAAUCCACCAAAGACAGUGGCCCGUAAAUCUACUUUUAAAGAGCUAGAACAUAACAUCUCUCCAAGAGCAACCAAUACGCUAUGAAACACUGAAAGGGUUCUGGGGAUCACAACAUACAGUCGGGACUUCACAGGAAGAGGUUCUAUGAAUCCCCUUAUCCUGCAUAACUAUUAUGUGAAAGCAGUUGGCAGAUUAACUGGAGAACUAGGUGAAGACGUGGAACUACUACAAACAUUCCUGCCUAGUGUCUCACAAGUGAGACCUCUUGAAGGGUGCACUGCAUGUUUACUUCAAGGUCAACAUCCCCAUGAAUCAAUUCUGCAAGAGCAGUACUCCUCAAAGCAGGCCACUCUGUCUCAGGUAUGCUACCACAAAGUUCAUUAUCUGGAUACAAGGCUGCGAAUAAACUAACUUCAGAAAAUUACUGACACAUUGAAAACAGAAGGAUUGUACAGGGGGCAGCUUUCAGGAAGGCCCAAACUUGAAUCCCUUCCAAAAUCUGCAUGUUCCCUUUCCUACGCAGACUUCAAGCCCAGCCAUUUGGAUCAAUAUACAAUACAGGAAACCCCAGUUAGUUUAAGUAAGCCAGGCUUACCACUGGAUGUAACGAGUCAGGAAAACAGAAUUUAGUUGCACAAGCUUUGGCAUCAAGAAGCAUGUCAGCCUGCAUGGAGACCAGAGGACCAGCCAAGAGAGGCAGCACUGCCUGAAUGGAUUCCUAGCUGUGACGUUCCUCAGCACCAAACAGCACUGCUGGAGCUGCAACAUGCCUUCUCUAAGACAGCAGCACAAAAAUGUUUUCAUGAUUCCAUAUGAGGAGAGACAAAUGACCUACUGAGGGACAAAUUGUAUGGUUUCAAUGUUUUUUAUUUCUUUAACUGA